AUGAAUGAGUCCCUUCGCAUUAAUCCGUUUUAGCACCUGGAAAGCACUGCGCCCUCCUCAGGUUAGAGUCAAUACACACACGCGCGCACACGCACGCACGCACGCACACACACACACGCACAAAUACGCACGCACGCGUCCUCAGUGAUGAAUCGGUGACAUCAAAAAGAGACGAAACUUCCGCUCAACUGUAGACGGUGUGACGGGGGCGCGAGCGCUUAUAUAAACCAAACUUUACAGAUGCUCAUCGUUAAUCCCGGCCUUGCAGGUCAGACGUGGAGCAGAGAAGAUUAAAACAACUUUUUUUUGCACAAGGUCGCGAUUGAUAAACAGGUUUUUACGCAUACGGUAUCAGCUUCGUGCAAAACAGGGAAUCCGAACUUGCAAUGAGGGCAGUGUGUCUCCUCGUCCUCGUCUCAUUAGCGGUGUUCAGCAUUCAGUGCCAAAAUGUCCCGAGUGACUCUGGGGGAGAAAAUCCGACUCUGGACGAGGUGUUACAGCGCGCCGAGGGCCAGCUCCUCCGCUCCUUCCUCCAAAACCAGCAGGACAACGAGAGCUCAAACGACCUGUUUCCGGUACCGCCAGACUGGUUGGUAAAAAGGCAACACCCAGGCAAGCGGCAGCAUCCUGGUAAGCGCGAUGAGGACGAUGAUGAUGAUGAAGAGGAGGAAUACGCGGAGCUUCAAAAGCGGCAGCAUCCCGGUAAGCGCGAAGACGCGUCGGACUUGUUCGUCGCGCUCCAACGACGGCAACAUCCGGGCAGGCGCUCGGAGCUGGAAGGUCAGACCUCGGUACAAAGCGACCUGCUGAGCGAGUUUUCCAAGAGGCAGCACCCGGGGAAGCGGUACGACGCGUACGACAAGCGCCAGCAUCCCGGCAGACGCGAUGCGGAGGAGGGCGCAGCCAGCUCGGUGGACUUGUGGGAACUGGACAAACGGCAGCAUCCUGGGAAAAGGUCCUGGGACCCUUCGGAAGUGUCCAGCGGAAGCCCGUGUGACGUGCCGGGCUGCAGUAAAGCCAGUCUGCUGCUCCAGCUGCUCAAUGAAGUGAAGCAAAGUCGCGCAAACGAGAAACGCCAGCACCCCGGCAAGCGGCUGAGCGCGCCGGAAGAGCUGGAGGAGAUGCAAUAGGCGACACGUGCACUGUGACGAGAAAUGAAACAGUUUCAAGAAAGAAUAGUUCAUUCAUUUCGACACAUGGGUACAUUUCCCUUCCAUCUUUGCCCUUAAACGCGCCACAUGAGAUAUAUUCCAAAAUACCAAAUUUGGCAUACAGCAUCGUGAUUAUGUUUAACUCUAAAACUUUUAAUUAGUUAAAUGUCUGUUAAUUGGGAUCAUUUACAGGUUAAUUUACACCUUGAUUAAACAGUAAAACGCAGUUACGCGGAGUAACGCUUUGCGUCCAUAUUACGCACAACUAGUACUGUAUAUUGCAGCUCCUUCUUCUCCUAGAAUUCGUCGAUCGCGCAUCUGAGACUUCUCUGCACUAGUUUAGCCAAAGAGCCGACGGUGUUUACGUCCUCUUUCCAGCAAAAUCGGCCACAUUCAGCAACAUGUAACAUCUCUUAUAUACUAAUGUAAACUACGGUAAUAUCUCAUGUGGCCACGCACCGCUCAAACGGCACCAAUUUCCGCUUCUCACUCACCAGUCCUUGUGUUAGUAAUGUAUACCUUAUAUAAAAUUCGAGUGAAUAUUCCUUUGCAAGACGGAGUCGUCGAAUUAUUUUUCUACACUAUAUGCCUGCAUGAGUUGGAGAGCUUGUCAAUCUGUAAAUUAUUAUUAUUUUUUGUUCCAUGGAUAUACAGCACACAUGUAAAUUGCAGUUAUCGCUGUACAAUAAAAUGCUUUCGAUGCGAGCGACUGGAAGCGCGCUGAGAGCCAAAAAC